AUGUUGGUCCCUGGUCACUGGGAUGGGUUGAGGCCGGCCAUGCCCAGCCUGCUGCUGCUGUUCGUGGCAGCUCUGCUCUCCAGCUGGGCACAGCUGCUGACUGACGCCAACUCCUGGUGGUCGCUGGCUCUGAACCCGGUGCAGAGACCUGAGAUGUUCAUCAUUGGCGCUCAGCCCGUGUGCAGCCAACUUCCCGGGCUUUCCCCAGGCCAGCGAAAGCUGUGUCAGUUGUAUCAGGAGCACAUGUCCUACAUCGGGGAGGGAGCCAAGACGGGCAUCAGGGAGUGCCAGCACCAGUUUCGACAGAGGCGGUGGAACUGCAGCACUGUGGACAACUUGUCUGUCUUUGGCAGGGUCAUGCAGAUAGGUAGCCGGGAGACUGCCUUCACGUAUGCGGUGAGCGCCGCUGGUGUGGUGAAUGCCAUCAGCCGAGCCUGCAGAGAGGGUGAGCUGUCCACCUGUGGCUGCAGCCGUGCAGCAAGGCCCAAGGACCUGCCACGAGACUGGCUGUGGGGCGGCUGUGGGGACAACGUGGAGUAUGGCUACCGCUUUGCCAAGGAGUUUGUGGAUGCCCGAGAGCGUGAGAAGAACUUUGCCAAGGGAUCAGAGGAGCAGGGCCGAGCCCUCAUGAACUUACAGAACAACGAGGCUGGCCGCCGGGCCGUGUAUAAGAUGGCUGAUGUCUCCUGCAAAUGUCACGGAGUCUCUGGGUCCUGCAGCCUCAAGACCUGCUGGCUCCAGCUGGCUGAGUUCCGCAAGGUGGGGGACCGUUUGAAGGAGAAGUAUGACAGCGCUGCGGCCAUGCGUAUCACCCGUCAGGGCAAGCUGGAACUGACCAACAGCCGCUUCAACCAGCCCAGCCCGGAGGACCUGGUCUACGUAGACCCCAGCCCUGACUACUGCCUGCGAAAUGAGACCACGGGCUCCCUGGGCACCCAAGGUCGCCUCUGCAACAAGACCUCAGAGGGCACGGAUGGCUGCGAGCUCAUGUGCUGUGGCCGCGGCUAUGACCGCUUCAAGAGCGUCCAGGUGGAACGCUGCCACUGCAGGUUCCACUGGUGUUGCUUUGUCAGAUGCAAAAAAUGCACCGAGAUCGUGGACCAGUAUGUCUGUAAGUGACUGCACACGGGCCUCCAGCCCGCUCCUCUCCGCCUCACAAAAGUCUAUAUUAUAUAAAUCUAUCUAAAAUAUAUUUUAUAUUUGUACGAAUGGAUGGAUGGAUGAUGAAUAAUCAAGAGAAGAGAAUGGAGAGGAAGAACUUCCGAGAUGCUGGCCCUCUGUGAGGACUGGACUUUGCUGGAAAUCUACAGCCAGUGGGAGAGAAACAGGCUUUUCCCCGUUUUCUGGCCAGGACUCUCUGGACAGGGGCUUGAGAAUGUCUAUGCGCCAUA